AAAAUAUUCACAUAUUCACCAAUGUAGUAACUGUCACAUUUCAUAAUUGGGGAUUAGUUUUUUCGUUGAACUAAAAGAAGUUUAUUUUAUUCAGUUGAUUAUUGUGUAAUAAUGAUAUAAAUGAAUAAGGUUUAGAAAAGAAUGAAAAGAAUCAUACACUUUGUUAGAUUCUCAAUUGUUCUACAAGAAAUCUAUUCACAAUAAAGAAAAUAAAUAAAUAGACGAGUUUUUUUGUUGCUAACUAUCACCUCAACAAAAACGUAAGGAGAGUUAAUUAAUUUAAUCAUGAAAUUUAAAUUUACUCUCCUUACAUCAUGGACACUAUUACCAACGUCCAUACCAAAUACUGAUUGUGAAGAUAAUGAAGCAAUAUUAUUUGCACAAUACUUAACUGAAUAUACAGAGAAUAAAUAUGGUUUAAAUGUAUUUUGGCCAAGACAACGUGGUGAAGCAUUUUUGCAUAAUUCAUUCAAUUCAUUUGAAGAGAGAUUUUUAACACAUUCUGAAUAUGCAUUACUCAUUGUAUCUGGUCAAAAUGCAUCAUGUUUAAAUUGUAUUUAUCCAAGAUUUCUUGUAUUUUUAACAGCUAAAAAAUCAUGGACUGAAAGAAUUUUAAUAAUUUUUUUAAAACAACCAACAUAUUUAGUAAAUUUCGAUUUAAGUUUAUUAAAACAUCCACCAAUUUUAUUCAAUGAUGAUUCAACUAAUCAGUGGAUUCAUGAUCAAGAAUCAUGGAUGAAAGUAGCAGAACUAAUAAAAAAUAGAUAUAUUCCGUCAGUUAAUGAUAAUUUAUCAAGAUAUCUAUUUACGCCCAGAGAAUAUUACAUUAGUCGAUGGAUGUCUGUCACGGAUCUACGUGGACAACCAUUAGCUGUAAGAAUAACUAGUACUGGUCAAAGUGACUCGACUCCAACGAGCUGGUCUGAUCUCAGUGGUAUUGAACCAAUCAACGGAAUAAAAUGUGUUUUAGACCCGAUAUAUCCUAUUGGACAACGUCUAAGCCAAUCAGCAUCUGUGUUUGAACAUUCACCCACACAAACUCGUGACAUUACGUCUAAUCUACAUUUGCAUGUAAACAAUUUUAAUCGUAUUAGAAGAGUUAGUUCAAGAUGUUUUACACGAAAGCAUCAAUACAAUACAGUAUUUGGAUUAGAUCCUUGUUGGUCAACUUUAUCUGGAAGUCAAUUAAACGUUAUUAACAAUAAUAGUGGAGUUAAAUGUCAAAUUGAAGAAACAUCACAUUAUGAAAAUUUAUUGGAAAAACGUAGUAAACAUAACGUUGAAAUCGACCUUAUUUGUAAAGAAAGUCAAAUGUGUAUUCCGCAAAAACAAUCGAAAAUUAAAUCGUGUGAAUUUCUAAAUGAAUCUAUAUUGUCUUGUAAAUUAUCGAACCGUAUUAAUAAAUCAACCGGUGUUAUCAAUGAUGGCUCAGAGUACAGUAAUGUCAUUACAUCAAAUCAUACAAUAAAACAUCAUCAAAGAAAGGUUAAAUUGUCACCUAAAAAACAUUUCCUAUUCAAAGAACUAGAUCAUAUCUGUAUACCAUCAAAAAAGUUUAUAAAACUAUUUAAAUUCAAACGUAAAAAAGAUGCUCAUUCUAUUAGUGAGAAAUUUGGAACACAAUCACAAUUAGAACUAGCUAAAUCUGUAAAAACCUUAUAUGAUGUUGGACAAAGUUUACUUGAAAAUUCAGGAGAUAGUGUAAGUAAUCUGAACAUACUUGAAAUUCAACAACAACAACAACCAUCAUGUUCAUACAGUACUACUGAUAAAUUUAAUCUAAGUUGUUUAAGUAUCCACGUAGAUGUGGAGGAACAACCUAUCAAAGAUACAAACAAUGAUGAUAUUUUUCACCAGUCACAAUGUUUACAAGUCACACCAACUCAAUCAGCGGACUUCUCUGACUCUGGAUUAUGGAGUAUGAGUCAAAUGGCUACUGAAGAUUGUACUAAUUCACUACAACAACAUCUCAUAUCAUGUUCAGAGAGUCCAGUAUUCCAUUAUUACACCAAUAGUGACAAUAAUGAUUAUAAUAAUAGUGAUCAAACAAAUGAGAUACGAUUACAGAAAUCAAUCACAAGUCCAACAAAUGAAUCAAAGUUUGCAGAGAUAAGACUAUCACCAUGGUCAUCGUUAGAAAUAGGAGAUGGUCAACGGAGUAAAGAAUUCAAAUUAGGAAAAUCAAAUCAACCUACUGAUGCUACUACUACUAUUACUACUACUAAUAAUAAUAAUAACACCAAUACUACAACUAAUAUAUCAAAUGAACAUGGAUUAACUUGUAUUCCUUUGAACCAAAAAGCCGGUGUGCAAAAUGAUACAUUUUUAUUAUUAAACUGUAAUUCUGAACAAUUCGUCAAAGAUCAACUAUCAAAUCCUUCAGUUAGUAAUAUAAACGAACUUAGAACAAGUGAAGCUUUAAAAUUAUGUAAUAAUGAUAAUAAUAAAAAUGUAACUCACAACUUUAAUGGUCCUGUGAAAAGCCAAAUGUCUUGUACACUGAAUUUGAAGCCUUUUAGUUCAAAUUCAACCUCUUUCGAAGAGAGUAAAAAUGAUAAUGAAUCAUUACACUCUCGUAUUUCGAAAUCAAAACAAAAUUCUCCUCAAAAAAAUUAUGUUUCGUCAAUUUAUCUUUCGAAAACACAUAAUAAUAAUAGUGACAACGCAUCCUCUAAAGAUUUUACACAACUUUCGACUUUUCAACAAAAUUCAGUAAUUUCGCGAAUUGUGCAAAAUAAUAGUAUGUUGUCAGAGUAUAGUUUACCUUAUAGAAUAUCUACAACAUAUGAUGUAAUUCAGAUAUUCCCUACUACAAAAAUAUAUGAUAUAAAUAAAAAAUCUGAAAAUAAUUUGUCCACUGUGAAAGUUACUGAUUAUAAACGAUCUAUCGGCACUCAUUUAAUAAACAAUAAUAGUAGUUUGAAUGUGGAUCCCCUUCGAAUAAAUCAAGAUAUCAAAGGGAUUAUGAUAUACCCUACAUUAGAACAACAAAAUCCCUACUCUAAUGAAUCAACUCCGUUGAAUACAGAUCAAAUGAUGAUAAUCAAUUCACAAAUAGACAUUAACGUUAACUCUUCCAAGGACUUAUCAUUAAUUAGUGUAGAAUGUGAGAAUAAUUCGACAUUUGAUUCAGAUAUUAGACAAAAUAUGAAUCCCUGCGUUAUAAACAACAUACAAACUUUAAAAAAGUCGUUGAUGGAGUCAGAAUGUACAACUCACUUGCCAAUAUCAUUGAGUACUGAUACAUCUGAAAAUAACCAUUAUUUAAAUAAAAGUUUCAUUCAGUCACUGGACAAUAAUGCGGAAAACCCUGAAUACCUUAACGUUGUUACUGACCAUCAAACUAACCAAUUACAAGUUACAAAUAAAUGUUUGCCAAAGCAACCCAAUGAACAAUUGACAACGACGCGAAUUAUUGAGGAUAUCACAGAAUUAUCGUCCGCCCACGUUUCUACAUUAUUCAACCAACAAAAGAGGGAUCCAUUAAUUAUUCCUGAUCAUGCACAUGAUGUACACAUAGAUGAACGAUUAAGUGUCGGUCCACUUAACGGGUCCAUCAGUGACCAAUUAGCGAAUGAUCACUCAAUGCCGUCAACCCAGGUGAAACAAAUCUUUUCAUCUAUUACGGAAACAUCACAUGAAGAUAGGAAACCAUUAUAUUCGAAAUCAGAUUUGAAUAAUACCCGAACCUUGAAUGACAAUUGUUUGUUGGAUAAUUCAUGUCAAAAUUGGAUGAUGGCGUUAUCAAAUGAGCUUACCAAUAGGAUAGAUGAUUCAUCGGAAACGAAAUAUGAUUUUGAUCAACUAACCAAAGGAAUGUCAAAUGACAGCAAAAUACUGUCCACUGAUCUUGAAAUCAACAAAUUACCAACCGAGAAAAAGGUUUCUUCAGACGAAAUAAGUCAGUCGUUGACAAUUUUACAACCCCAUAAUGAAAACGUAGAAGUUUCAUGCGAUAAGCUUCAUACACCUACUAAAUGUCACAACAGAAAGUUUUCCUUGAACGAGGAGGAUAUUUCCAUUGAUGUCAGCUCGACCAAAGGUGAUCAUUUACAAGAUCCACAUGAUGAACUGACUAAUAGUGAGCAACCCUUUGUGACUAGUACCGCUGAAUCGAUAUCUUCAAAUGUUAAUACAUAUUAUACGGAUGGAACGAAUUUCUACGUUACUGAACCGUUAUAUGAGAAUACCACAAUCGAUUUGACAAACCUAACUCAGUCAGUAAGAAAAUUAUCGAUUAGCCUUGAUAGUCUCAAUAAUAAUGUACUGGAUAUCGACGCUCAGUUCAAUAAAGUCAUUAAAACAGUGAAUGGUCUUAUUGACUCUCGAGUUAAGGAUGUUUUGCGAAAGUGUUCGUUAGAGAACAUGAACACUUUGCCAACUAUAAUUGACACAGUAAGUUCUUCAUCCAUACAAGUUCCAUUAUUAAUCAAAAAUAAGCCUGUAAAUUGUUUAAUUAACAAUAUCAUAUUAAAUGAAGACAGUUUAAUUGCAGAAAUGAAAUUAUUAACCACACUAAAUAAAUUGCUGAGUGAUUACACAAUUACCGACUAUCCACUCGAAGAGAAGAAUACAUCGAGUCUGUUGUCAUCUUCAAAUACAAAUAACUAUUCUAGACUGAAGAUGGAUCAUGAAACUAAGAAUCAUUUCAAAAAACCAUUUUUUGACGUGCCUUUAGAAAAACAGUUUCACCAUGGAGAUCUUGAGAACAUCACUGCACCCAGCAACAAAAGACAUAAUGACAGCUUACAAACUACUAGUAAUGAUUUUGUUCCACCGAAAAAUUCAGGUGAAUUCCACGAGUUAGAACAAACUAUUGAAGACACUCCAGAUUAUAAUGAUAACGAAUAUUAUCCAAAUACAUUGACCUCGUCUGAUAAUCCCAUGACAAUAGAACCUAUUACAACUACAGGUACUACCGUUGCUCAAUCUCCAAACCAAUCUACUACAAAUUCAAGUUCAUUAUCAAAUGUAAAUGAUAAUCUUGGAGAUGAUACUUUCACAGAACACUCUUCAUUAUUUCCCAUUGAUUCAGUAAAACAGUUUAACGUUUUGAAAGUAUCAAUACCAGAUAAUACAGACGGUUCAAUAUUCAAAAAAUCUGUCAGUAUGAUUCAUAAGGUAACUAGAGAUAAUGCUGGACGGUUGAUUAGUCUGCUCGAAAAAAAUACAAAAUCUACUAAUCAGUUAGAUUUAACAUCCAAGGAUGUAUUUAUCGAAAAUAAAUAUACAUGUACAGUCCCAUUGAUUGCAUCUCAUCAUGAAGAGGACUGUCAUCAACCACGUAGCAUCGACUUGUCUGAGAAAACUGUUAACUUACUAGGAUUUGAUGACUCUUUCUUAACUGGAUUACUACAAGCAGCUGACGAAGAUUUACUUUGGACCAAAAUUAACCAUUUGCAGUAUCCACAUGACCAGAGAACUAAUAGUGAGAAGUCGUUUACGAAUACUACCGCUGCAUCAUUAUCUUCAAAUGUGAACAAAUAUUGUUCGGACGGAACGAGUCUCAGUGUUAUCGAGCCUCCAAGUGAAAAUUGCUUAAUCGAUGUAAAGAAAUUAAUUCAACCUAUUCAUAAUAAUAAUACAUUCAAUACUGACACUCGAUCCGAGUUUACUAGUCAGUUAGAUGUGACAUAUAAAGAUGAAUUUAUUGAGGAUAAUCAUGCAUGUACAAUUUUAUUGAUCACAGCCUAUAAAGAGGAGGACUAUGGUCCGAUGUAUGGCAUCAAUUCGCCUUCAAAAGCGGUUGAUUCACUAGCAAUUGAAAACUCUUCAUUAUCUAGAUUACUUGAAAGAAAUGCUGACAACGAUAACGAUUAUAUGGCUAGUGAUGCUACUACUACUACUACUACUCCAAGUGUUGCUCCUAAUGAUGACACCGUACCACAUGAUUUAAUUAUAUCUCCUACAUUUACCGAUAAAACAAAUAUAUUAUUAUCUAGUGAUAUUUCAGAUAAUAUUGAACUUAAGUUUGACAACAGUUUAUCUUCACUACCACCUAGUCGAGAUAGUGAAUAUUCAGUGAAUAAUUCACUAAAUAAUUCCUUGGAGUUAGAUUUCAGGUCAACAAUAAAUAAACUGUAUUCUUUAAUGCAAUAUGAAUAUGAGUUUACCGAUAACAAUAAUAAUUAUUGGAUUGAUCCUGGUAGUUUAAACGAAGAUGUUGAAACUAUAGCACAGCCAAUGAGGUCGAUUGCAACUGAAAACUCUUUAGAACAGCCAGAAUGUACAUUGAGUAUUUAUAAUACACCAUCACAACAGUUAUCAGUAGUACCAACAGCAGCAGCAGCAACAACAACAUUAACAGCAAUACAAAAUCCGGUUCAUCCAAUCAAUGAGAUUUAUAUUGAUGAAGACUAUAUUGCUCAUUUGUCAUUAGAUGAUAAAAAUACGAAAGGUAUUCUGGAACCUAAGAUUGAUAAAAAUAAUGAAGAACACAAAUCAAAUCAACGUUUUAGAUUCACUUCAGGAGCUUACAAUCUUUUUACUUCAGUUUUCAAUUUGGCAACAUUAUAUGUCCCAAGACAUAUUUACUGGUUAUAUGGUGCAACAUUUACACCAAGGGGGCAAUUUCAUCGAAUAAUGGCUGGUUGUGGGAUGGAAUUAUACAGUGUAGGAUUGAGUCAUCCAAUAAAUGUAGCAGGUGUAUUCAUUGGUUUCACUUUAGCCUCACCAUAUUUAAGAACAUGGCCAUAUAUUUUAUCUGGAUUAAUGAAUUCAUCAGAAAUUAAUGUAUUCAAUCCUUUGUAUUGGAUCGAUAGACCUAUAUUAGAACAUAUUGGCUGUUUAUUAUAUAUACUACCAUCUUCAAUACGUUGGGGCAGUACAGUUAUUGUUAAUUCGUUUCAACAAUAUCCAUGGUUACUAGCAAAUCCACUGGAACCAUCAUCAUCAUCAUCAUCAUCAGCAGCAGCAGCAUUAUCAUAAAGAAGAUACGAAUGAAUAGAUGAAUUUAAAUAUGCCCUUAGUUCAUAAAAAUACCGUUCUUGUACACAUCAAUAUAUCCUCAAAACACUUUGAAUAUCACACUUAAAUAUACAUUUCAAACAUUCUAUCUAAAUAUAUUACUACGGUAAGACUAUGAUUUAUGGACGAGCCAAUCAGGUAUAAGAUAACAGGCCUCGGAUUUUGGCGCGAAAUUCACUCAUCCAUCUGACCAAAUAGAGUCUUGGCAUUAUAGCUGAUGUCAGUUCAUGAUGAAAAAUCGUAAAUGUAAUUCCUAACCCUAACGAUUAAUCCUUAUUCUUCAAACUGCUUUAUAACCUUCAUUUAUCCCUAGUAAGUAGGUAGACACUCAUAAGGUCACCUUUGCGUCCCUCAAAAAUCGUCCAUAAAUUAUAAUCUCACCAUUACUACUGCAUAAACAAGUUUCUUACCUACUUCUUUUUUUUAGCAAUAAAUUUUCUUUUGUAUUUAUACUUUUCAGUUGUUUUUUUUUCUGAAAAUUCAAUAUUCACAUUCAUUUAUUGUUUUAAUGGUGAUAUCUAAUUGUGGAGCACUUUUCAUUUUAUUUGGUUAAUGAUUUAAUGUUAUUUAUUAGAUUUUUUUGUUUGAUUUUCAUACAGAAAUAUAUGCUCUUUUAAUUAUUUUCUUUAUUCAGAAUUCUUUUCUUUUACAUUUCUACUGUGAUAUGGAGUUGUUCUUUUUAUUUUUUUAAGCGCGAAAAAACGGGAAAACAUAAAUGAUAAAUAAAUCAUAAAUAAUUAACAAUAGUACAACAUCAAAGUUAUUACUGUCAUCUAUAUCACGAAUAAACAAACAAUAACAGCAAUUAAUCUUCUAGUCAGUCAUUGUGAAAUAAGCAUGUGAUGUAAAUGACAGUACGUGUGUUUCAUGAUGUAAUUGUUGACAUUCGUUUUUUGGGUAUUAUCAUACUUCUUGUUGUUGCUGUUGUUAUUAUUAUUGUUAUUUGUUUUAAAACACCGUAGAGUAAUUGAGAAAGAAUGAACACCUUCAACUUUACACACACAGUACCAGAGAAUAAUUGAGAUUGCUAGUAGAAGGCAUUUGUUUUAUUAAUUGCACAAUUAUUGUUAUUACUAUCUUGUAUUAUUUGUUAGAUUCAUUUAAAAAUAUAAUUAAGUACACCUUCUUGUUUAUUUUUUUAUUCGGAUGCAAGAAAAGCAGUAUGUAUUUUCGGCUAAAAAGUUUUGUUCUUGUUUGAUUUUGAGUAUGUUUGUUGAAGUGUAGAAUACGUUUGUGGGUAUGGAUGUGUGAAGUAUUUACAAAAUCUCGUACUAAGUCAGACAGCCAGUCAUCCAUAACUAACGUAGAACCGAAUAGCUAUCCACAUCGGUUCAAGUUGCUACAUUACGUCAGCACAAUCAGAUAGUUAGGUCACCCUUAGCUCUCAAGCCUACUCCCACACGUCAGCCAAUAUAACCAACCAUAAGUCAACAGCUAUCAAUGGUCCUUGAUCAAUCAAACUCGAUCAACACUAGGGAAUAGUAUGAUGUUUAUUACUACUGAAUGAUCAAAUAGUAUUGGUUGGAAUCCCAAAUGCUACAAUUUGACAGUCGGUUCAUGAUUGAGUCUAAUUAAAAACGUAAGGAACAAAAGUAGAUUUAAGAUAAAUUAAAUACGAAUAGCAUCUAGGCGUAGUAAACAUUAAACUUGUAAGAUGAAUGAUUCAUUUAUCCUAAUAAGUUAUCUAAAUUAACUGUCGUCCAUAUUCUUCAACUUUACACUUCUGAUGAAUGUAUCUUAUUGUGAAUAAAAAGGACCAUAUGAACAGUUGAGAUCUACAUAUAAGUGGAUGACGCAGUGGCAUUUGAAGUGAAUGGUGCUGGUUUCGAGUCAAAGAGUAAAUAUCAACUCUGAAAUUCAAGUACAUCCAGCUGACGAGUCUUAAGUAAAAAUAAACGCAUAUCUUGGAUUCCACUGCUAUCCAUUACCCAUCUCUAUAAUGCAAUAUUGAGACAAUCCUCACAGAAUGCCCAUAUGUCAAAAGAGACCGAUUUAAUCCAGUUCUAGAGCCUAAGUGGAAGAUUCAAACAAGCGAUGCAAAUCAAUUAAAUAAAUAUUUACUUACUUAAAUCAACAAAGACUGAGAAGUCGGAUGAAAACUUUUGGGGUAGACAAAUCAGUGAAUUAAUCAAUAAAAUUAUUUAUUACUAGUCUGAGCCAUAUCAAUAGGUGCAAACUUCUUGUUUGAAACCUAUCCAGUAGUCGUAAUAUAUGGCUAUAGACUUUGAAGGGAAUGUUCCAAAAGUGAUCACAACAACUCAUUGGCCUUCAUUCUCUAUCAUUCUCUAAACCUUGAAGUUAGUGUCAAUCCUAAUUUUACGUUCUUCAUUAUCGUUUAUUCUGAUCAAAUUGGAUUUUUAGAUUUUUAUUUCAUUCAAGAUUACAUUAUUCCCCUCCCCCUAUUUCCCAUUUUGUUAGUUAUUUUCUCACUUUGCUGAUGUAGCAACAGGCACCAAUAACACAUUCUUAUGGGGUCACAUAUUGACUGCAACUUAACUGAGUUUUAAUGAUCAAAGUGCUAUUUUAAUAUAAUACAUGCAUUAUAUCUGUCAGCAGAACUCGUAAUGUGUAUUUCAUCCUAUGCGCGAGUGGUCACUGGGGUUUAUCCGCAUGCGUGUUGUCGUUGGCACUGAGACUCGAACCUAAUACCUUUCGCUCCAAAUCCCAACCCCUUAUCCAUUAAGCUACUGAGUCCAGGAGAGAUACCGAGUUUGAGUCCUAAUGCACAUAUCAACACGGGUGAAGAUACAUUCGACUGGCGAAUUCCGGAUAGGAAAAAACCAUCAUUGUUGAUCCCGCUGUUAGCUAUUAUCCAUCUAUUAAAAGAAAUCUUGUGACAGAAUUGCCAUAUUGUGGCAAUCCACGCAGAAGAAAUACGUGCCAGCAAAACUGAUCGAAAUUCAACCAUGAUUGAUAAUAAUAUGGCUAAUUUUAUUUAAAAGCUAUCUAUCGUUCUAUACGUCUAUAUUACAAGACCAGCGUAAUCGUCUAAAAGACUUAGCAGUUGAUUAUGUUAAUCAGUUAAUCAGAUGAUUACUUAAGAAUAUUAGUAGUAUCGGUAUUGGCAAUGGUUCGUGAUUUCCGGUUGUUGAUAUUUAGGGGUAUAACUGAUCAACAUCAGCUUUCAUCAUACUUCUAAACGACAUCAUCAGCACGAACUUAAAGUAGAAGUGAAUUGUUCGAAUUUCUCCACAUAUGACUCAUAGCUUGUCCAGUAGACCUCGAUCUUGAUUGGUUAUUGUUGACCUUUAAUCUGUCACUGUUUACUUCCUUAUUUUGAUUACAUAUCCCAUUGAUUUGAUUCUUAUAUAUUCUUAUUUCUAUAUUUGUUCAUAAUUUUACUGACUGGUUGAUAAAUUGGAUCGAUCUCAACGUACUUGUUGAUUGCUGAUUGACCUGGGUGCAAAGCUUCUAAAAGGUUUCUGGUGCUUUUAGAAUUCUUUCUAUACAAGAUCUCAACAUUUUCCCAGUAGACUGUGUGUCCACAGUGGUCCACCUGCAUUGGUAUAAGCAAGGAUAUGUGAUGGUGUUUGACCGCUAAUUGAUGUUCAUGAAGGCGAAGAUGAAGGGGGUGUCCACUUUGUCCGAUGUAGUGUUUUUCGGAGUUGGGAGAAUUUAAUUUGCAAAUGACGUUCGGUUUUUAUUCUUUUUACAUUUCGUUCUUUUGUUUGCAUAGGACUGAUUGUAGUGAUUUUGUUGGUUUACGUGUCACACCUAUUUCGAAUGGAUUCAACAAUCUCGUUGUAAUUUCUGAUAUACCUUUUAUAUAUGUGGUAGAAUGAUCCGUUUGUUGGUUUCUGUACCUGAUUUUGUUUCUGCAGUCGUUCUUUUCAAAGAUAGUCUUCAGGUAUUUUUCUUCACUUUUCCGCACUGCAAGUGUGUUGCAGUGUUUUGUCGCCCUUACGAAUAAAGUUUGUAUGACGUUGAUUUUGUGAGUCCUUGGAUUGUUGCUAUUGUAAUUGAGAAUUUGAUCUGUACGGGUUGGCUUCCGAUAUACUUGAGUCUCCAGUUUUCCUGUGUCAAUCCUGGUUAUUAAUACAUCCAAGAAUGACAUUUUUUCGUUUGAUUCCUGUUCCAUUGUGAACCUUAUGUCAUCGAAGGCAUUGUUGAUCAGACUGUAGAUGUUUUCCAGCUCGUCCUUUUUGACGAUGGCGAAUGUGUUGUCUACAUAACGAAUCCAAACUUUUGGCUUGAUCACUGGUAAGAUCGAGGUUUCCAGCCUCUGCAUCACUGAUUCUGUAAUAAGUC